AUGGAAUGUAUUUACAGGCGACGCAAAAACAAUAUGAAGUUUUCCCAAGUUGAUGUUGAUGGAAUCCUACGUGCUUUGGGACAAACCAAAUUCUUCCACACAACUCAGUGUAUUCUGAUUUGUGCCUCUGCAAUUGUAGCAUCAUCCAACAGUUAUUUCUACGUAUUUUCCGCUAUAACUCCAGAAUACAGAUGUAAUAAUCUGCCAGAGUUUCAACUCAAUCAAUACAACAUAUCGAUUAAUGAAGCCGAUCUGAUAUAUGAUAAAUGUUCCAUAGACAUCAUCAUUACCGAUGGAGGGCUUACUACCGAGAACAGAACUCUGGACUGUCUGAAUGGUUAUUACUAUACCACACCAGUUGAUAAGUCUAUAGUGUCACAGUGGAACUUGGUCUGCAGCAAUUUAGGUUUGGCUGAAUCAACACAAACGGUUUAUGCAUUUGGUCAGGUGGUCAGUGGUCUGAUAGCACCAUAUCUAAUAGAAAAAUUCGGACGAAAACCCAUGAGAGUGUCAACUCAUAUUUUGCUGAUAAUCUUGAACUUAAUCGCAACAUAUUCUCCGUUUUAUUGGUUGUUUACAACAAUGAGAUUUUUGGCUGGAGUAGUUCGUGAGGCAUAUGUUUUUAGCUCUAUAAAUUUGAUUUGUCAAUUAUACGCAAAAGAAAUACGAAUUAUUAUGUCAAGUACAUAUAUGUGUAUUUGGGCUAUUUACACGUCUUCUCUCGGGUUGAUAGCCUACACGUUGAAGGAUUACAAUUGGAACACGUUAUUCCUGGUUAAUGUUGCCAUCUCGGGAUAUUUUCUUGUGGAUUUCUUGUAA